UUACCUUUGGACCAACUGAGGGAACAAAAACCUAGGAGUGAAGAUCACAAUAAUAUAUACCAUUCUAAAACAUAACAGUUCAAAUUCACGCUUCUAUGACUGUCCCGAUGUUUCCAUCUAUCCCGGCCACUCAAGUCCCCCGCCCCCUUUCAUUUAGUGCCUCAAACAAUUUUCACGUCUGUAAUCGUUUUCACACGUAUUUUAUUCGAGUUUCAAAUAUCCCGCACCUCUAGUCUUGCGACUGCGCGAACUAGACAUGAAGGAUGUCGGGAUAGGUAGUCCCAAUUAUUUAACGCUGCCGGCUGCCAUAAUUCCCAGAAGGCUAUUCUCGGGUGGAUGUGGCGGUUGCUAAGGACCACAGUAGUUCGGGCUUCUGCGACCAUGUCAUCGGGUGGUGAGGGGCAUCUUGUCUCGGUUGAUUAUGAAGUGUUCGGCAAGGUGCAGGGAGUCUUCUUCCGCAAACAUACGCAGAAAGAGGCGAAGCGGCUGGGCCUGGUGGGUUGGGUGCAAAACACCGAAAGAGGAACAGUUAAGGGACAACUGCAGGGUACCGAUGAGCCGGUGAGGGCCAUGCAGACUUGGCUUAGCAAGACGGGCAGCCCUAGGUCCCACAUAGAGAAGGCCGAAUUCACCAACCAGAAGCGGACCCAGCAGCGGAACUUCUCGGACUUCCAGAUCAUCAAAUGAGCUGUGCGACGAUUCGAAGUUGUCAUGGUUCCUCCUUCCGGGACUGGGUGCAAGGUCAGGUUACUAUUCCUGCGGUUGAAUCUUGUUUUCCCGGAUUUAUUGGAGCAGCUUUGGAAAUGGAUUUGCAUCGCCGUCCUGAUAUGACGAUAAUUCUGCGACUUAUCUCGAAGUUACUGUUAAUGUUAAUAUUCGAGUAUUUCUAGAAUUUCCAGUUGUGUUAAACCAAAUGGCGAAAUUCGAUCGUGCUCCUGUUUGGUUUAAGUGUCCUUGGUUUAUUCAACGUUUGUAGUUUGGGAAUUAGCGGGACCAUUCUUUGGGGACUGCUCUAACAACAACGAUAUAAAAAUAACUUGGGCAAAUAAGAGUUUCUCUAAAUGCGUUUGAGUUGGCAAUCGCAGUUUCCCUGUUCAGUGCAAGGUGUGAAUUAUUGAAAAAAAAACUACUGGAUUUCUAAAUAAAAUUUCUUCCACAUAACUCAAUUGGAAUUUGAAUAAUAACUCAAUGUACAUGAAAAUGCUAUUAAGUAUUAUGAUGUCACCUAACAAUCUCUGCAAGGCGUUUCUUGGCACCAUGGCAUAGCUAUGGAGUGUGUUUGAAUGUGUAAUCCAAAGCUUGUAUAUUACAUCCUAAAAAACGCACAAUUGGAUUGCUUCCCUUGAGAUGAAAUGUUAAAUAAUGACUCUGUCUCCCAAAUACUCUACUUCAGGUGACUGUUGAAACAUUUUGGACUGGGAAAGGAUUUCCCAGAGUCGGGUGCCAAAAUCAAUAUUUCUCCUUAAUUAAUCCCAAUUUUUGUUUGUAAUAUGGUGUUGUGUAAAGGAUCAAUUUAUUAUCACAAAUUGAAUGUGAAGUGACCUGUAAUUCAUCUGAUUAUUUUAUCUGGAGCAAUGUUUAUUUAGAUUAUGGUAACUAGAAUAUCAUGAUCUUGUAAGGUUUUGAUUGAAGUUUGGUGUUGAAGAAAAUAGGCUUGGCAAAGUUAAAAUUCUUAAUAAUAAAAAAAAUAUUCUGCAUUAAAUUACCUGAAAUUUGG